AUGGCACUGGUGCUGAUUUGCGGCCAGCCGUGCAGUGGCAAGUCUACAGUAGCGAGGCAGCUUGUAGCGUCUCUCGAGGCUGCUAUUAACGAGCAGCAGAAUAGCACUCCCGGCGAUAGUAGAUUAAGUGUGGUCCUCCUAGGCGAGGAGCAGCUUCACAUAGGCCGCGACGAUGGCUAUCAAAAUAUGGUGGCCGAGAAGAAUCUGCGAGGAUCGCUGCGAUCGGAAGUGGAUCGCGCGGUCGGCAAGGAUCGAAUUGUGAUCGUUGAUUCGCUGAACGCCAUCAAGGGGUACCGAUACGAGCUGUGGUGCCUGGCACGUGCUGCUGCCACCAAAUACUGCGUGGUGCAUUGCGACGUGGCGGCAGAGACGGCAAGGGAGUGGAACGACAGGCGCAGAGACGCAGGAGAGCCCUGCUACGCUCCCCAUAUUUUGGAGGAUCUGUUGGGUCGAUUCGAAAGGCCGGUGGGUCGCAAUCGCUGGGACUCGCCCCUCUUUGAACUUCAUCCUGCCGCCGAGCAAGCGGCAGAGGAGGCAGAGCAGGUUAUAGGCGAGGUGGUGACACUGCUUGUGGGAGGAAGCGGAGCAGCAAACGGACGGGGGCGAGCAGGCAUGGCGUUGCAACCAACAGUUGCCACUCAGACAGCUACAGCGUCAGAUGCCAAUGUGCUGUAUGAGAUGGACCGGGCCACAAAGAAGAAAAAGGGCAGGAUGGUGGCCACAGGAACAACCGUGAAGGACGUGUCGCCGCAUGCCUUCGUCAAGGCAUAUGCGGCUCACUUGAAGCGCACAGGCAAGGUGGAGGUUCCCACAUGGGCUGACAUCGUCAAGACAGGAACCUACAAGGAACUUGCGCCCUAUGAUCCCGAUUGGUACUACAUCCGCGCUGCCUCCAUGGCUCGCAAGGUGUACCUGAAGCCUGGCGUUGGAGUCGGUGCCUUCAAGAAGAUCUACGGCGGGCCGAAGAACAACGGGUCGCGGCCGUCGCACUUCUGCAGGAGCAGCGGGUCCGUGGCCCGGCACGUGCUGCAGCAGCUCGAGUCCAUCGGCAUCGUCGAGCAGGACGCCAACGGUGGCCGCCGCAUCACCUCUGAUGGGCAGCGUGAUCUUGACCGUAUUGCUGGACGGGCUGCUGCUGCCGCUGUGGAAGGUGCUGAGGAGGAAGAGUAA